AUGCCUCGUUGGCGGUUGAUGAAUCUAAUGAAACUAAUAGAACCAAAUCAAUAUGCCUCGUUGGCGGUUGAUGAAUCUAAUGAAAACAAAGAUAUGGAUCAUAAUGUCACCCCUACUUCAACACAUAUAGAAAAUUCGACAAACUCCGGUAGAAGAAUACAACACCAAAAGGAAAAGCAAAGAUACUCGGUCGAAACGACACAACAACACAAUGCCUCAAGCUCAAAGUCUACCGAAGGCCCGAUAGCGAUCCUAGGAGACUCGAUGUUAAAGAAACUAAGUCCUUCAAGAUUACGCCGUUCGACUGGGAAAAAGAUUAUAGUCAAGACGUUUCCUGGAGCAACUACUUCGGACAUGAAGCAUUAUAUUAAACCUACUCUGGAGAAAAAUCCCCAACUAGUCGUGAUCCACGUUGGAACAAAUGACAUCCAACAUAAAGAGCCCGAGGAGAUAGCUAAGGAAGCUGAAUCACUGUGUAGAACUAUCAUGGUGAACGGCUUGUCAAAAGUCGCUAUUUCAGAGAUCAUCCAGAGGGCAGAUGAGAAAUUGAAUACAAAAGUUAAAAAAACGAAUGUUCUCCUGGCAAAG